GCGAUGAUGUUUAUUUAAGACUCAAAUUCGCUCACAUUUCUUUAGUCCCGCGUCUGUGCGGUGUCGCGUGUCAGCCUUUGUCGCUUUCGCGAAAUAACACAUCAUGAAAUCAAUAUACAGUAAAAUUUGAUCAUGUACCCGGUUUAUUUCUUUUAGUGCUUACAAAUUUUGAUUUUCAUUCUUCAUCUUUCACAACAAAAUCACCUUCUCGAAUAUUAGCAAAAUUCAAUUAGAAAAUCUAAGUUUCGUCAAAAUACCGGAAAUAUGGAUAAAACAACCAGUGCGAAAGAUAAAACUUGUUACAGAGUUGUCCUAACAGGAGGACCAUGUGGUGGCAAAACAACCGGUCAAGCCAGGCUGAGCACGUUUUUCGAAAAUAUGGGAUGGAAGGUUUUCAGAGUACCUGAGACUGCCUCAGUACUACUAAGCGGAGGAAUCAAGUUCAGCGAUUUAAGUGAAGAGGAAGCCCGUGGUCUCCGCAUCAAAAUUCAGCAAAUUCAAAAGAGCGAAGCCGAAGUGCCUGUCCAUAGUGAGGCUGUGAAAUUUCAAGAAAACCUCCUGAAGACCAUGAUUCAGAUCGAAAACACCUUCUUCGAAUUGGGAAAAUCUUGUAACAGAAAUUGUCUUAUAAUUUGUGAUAGAGGUGCCAUGGAUGCUUCAGCAUUUAUAACCAAAGAAAAGUGGGAACACAUAAUGAAAGAUAACCACUGGAAUAACGUCGAACUUCGCGAUAACCGCUACAACCAAAUCAUUCACAUGGUUUCAGCGGCUAAAGGGGCCGAAGAGUUUUACUCAAUUGAAGACCACAGUUGUCGCUCUGAAGGUGUCGAGUUGGCUCGCGAGCUGGACUCGAACGCUGCUGCAUCUUGGGUCGGCCACCCAUAUUUCGACGUUAUUGACAACUCGACUGAUUUUGAAGGCAAGAUCAGGCGAAUGAUCGGUUCAGUGUGUCACAAAAUCGGCAUUGACACCGGUGAUCGUUUAUUGAAGAACGCCCGCAAGUUGAAGUUCCUGGUCAAAGGGCCGUUGCCUGAUGAUUCUUUGUUCCCCAAGUUUCAAGAUUUCGAAGUCGUUCACAAUUAUUUACAGUCAAAUUCACCAAAUCAAGUCAGGUUACGAAAACGGGGACAAAAAGGUCAUUACAGUUAUAUUCACACUGUAAGACGUCAGAAUCAGCCUGGAGGUCAAGUAAUCGAAGUAAAAACGCAAAUAACUCAUCGCGACUAUAUCAACCUACUCACCCAGAAGGACAAUUCCCACUUUACAAUUUACAAACUUCGCCGGUGUUUUAUCUACAACAAUCAAUAUUUCCAACUCGACAUCUAUCAGCCACCGAGUCAUCCCAGGUGUCGAGGUUUGAUGUUGCUUGAAACUUAUUCGGCUUUGGACGAAGCGAAUUUAAAAGAAACUCUCCCGCCGUUCCUCCAAAUUGAAAAGGAGGUAACAGGAAAUCCCGAUUACUCCAUGUUUAAUUUAUCGUUGCGGGAGGAUUGGACAACAUCGAAGAAAUUCUGUUUUUAUCCUUCCGGUCCUCAGGACACCCCAGCCUAUGACUAUGGGACGGCGAAGGAUAAAACUGGAGGGACUUUAAACGGUCUCGAUUGCAAAAAGUCGUUAAAAUUGAACGGCCAUGCUGACGUGAAGGGUAAAGAAUGUAAUGGAAAAGCUUAAUUUUUAUCGGUUGAAGGAUUUUCAUAAUGGACGUUUUUAAAGGCCGCUCGAUUUUUUUACUAGCUCUCUCGGUUCUCAUUAAGUUGUUUUUUUUUGUGAUUCUAAAAUUCCACGUCUAUUAUGAAGGUUUAAUCUACCUAUCUCACCUUAUUAUGUAGUCUUGCAGUUAAUUAUUUUAAUAGUUAUUUAUGUAGCUUAUAUUACUUUGUAAAACAUAUUUUGUAGACACAGUAUUUAACGUAACAGUGAUAAAAUUAGUCAGACCAGUAUAAAUGUUGACUACCAGUGGUAAGCCAAAACUUCAUAACUUAAUAGUGUGACGAACUGAACUUUUCAAUUAAUUAAAUUAAUCACCCAAUAUUGAAAUAAAUCGGAAAGACUGUUCACUCUUUUAUAUGAUGGAAAUUUUCAAAAUCUAUAUUUUUAAACCCAACUUUAAACUUGUCACACAAAACAUUUCUUUUCCACUCACGAAAAUCGAAAUGUUCCUUUUCGACUUCACGAUCUUAGAAACAAAUAUGUAUGUACCUGUUUAGAUUACUUGUUGAAGCUUUCGUUGUUAUUUCGUGAUUUCCUCAAAUGCUGUUGUAGUUUUUUUUUUAAUAUUUUAUUUGCUGACUUUAAAGUAUUUUUUUUAAUUGGCCGGAAAAAUUGUACAAAAUAUUCAAAAGAGAGAGCAUUUUAGAAAGGUAUUUCCACUAUUUUUCAUUACUUUUUAAUAAAAUUUAUGCAUUUAGAGUUAUAAAAAGGUGGAUGUAUUUGCGUUCUCGACACCUCUUUUGAAAAGUGGCGCAGAGACUUUAGUGCUUCCACUGAGAUACAUUAACCCCGUCUUUGGGGUUUAGAGUGUGAUAAUGUAUGUAAUUCUUCUACUUGCUUAAUAAAUGUGUACUUAUAUUAAGAGCAAACGCUCUUUUUAUCAUGACAUGUUAUAUAAAAGUAUUCAGGUGAGUCAAGGGGACUAACAUCGAGUUCGUGUUACGACCUUGCGUAACCUAUCAAUAAAUAGUCACACACAAA